AUGUUGAAAGUCAAUAAUAGACAAUUACAAAGUGUGACAAGAACUUUUGUUCGUCACGCUUCAUCAAAAGAAUUGAAAUUUGGAGUUGAAGGAAGAGCUGCAUUAUUAAAAGGUGUAAAUACAUUAGCAGAUGCUGUAUCUGUUACAUUAGGUCCAAAAGGUAGAAAUGUAUUAAUUGAACAACAAUUUGGAUCCCCAAAAAUUACUAAAGAUGGUGUAACAGUAGCAAAAUCUAUAACUUUAGAAGAUAAAUUUGAAGAUUUAGGUGCAAAAUUAUUACAAGAAGUUGCAUCAAAAACAAAUGAAAGUGCUGGUGAUGGUACAACUUCUGCUACUGUUUUAGGUAGAUCUAUUUUUACUGAGUCAGUUAAAAAUGUAGCAGCAGGAUGUAAUCCAAUGGAUUUAAGAAGAGGUUCACAAGCUGCAGUUGAAGCAGUUAUUGAAUUUUUACAAAAGAAUAAAAAAGAUAUUACUACAUCCGAAGAAAUUGCUCAAGUUGCUACUAUAUCAGCUAAUGGAGAUAAAGAAAUUGGAGAUUUAUUAGCUUCAGCAAUGGAAAAAGUAGGUAAAGAAGGUGUUAUUACUGUUAAAGAAGGUAAAACUUUAGAAGAUGAAUUAGAAGUUACUGAAGGUAUGAAAUUUGAUCGUGGUUACAUUUCUCCAUAUUUCAUUACCAAUACUAAAACUGGUAAAGUUGAAUUUGAGAAUCCAUUAGUUUUAUUAUCUGAAAAAAAAAUCUCAAGUAUUCAAGAUAUUUUACCAUCUUUAGAAUUAUCAAAUCAAACAAGAAGACCAUUGUUGAUUAUUGCUGAAGAUAUUGAUGGAGAAGCUUUAGCUGCAUGUAUUUUAAAUAAAUUAAGAGGUCAAGUUCAAGUAUGUGCUGUAAAAGCCCCAGGAUUCGGUGAUAAUAGAAAAAAUACAUUAGGUGAUAUUGCAAUUUUAACCGGUGGUACUGUUUUUACUGAAGAAUUAGAUAUUAAACCAGAAAAUGCUACUAUUGAGCAAUUGGGAAGUGCUGGAUCAAUUACUGUCACUAAAGAGGAUACAGUUAUUUUAAAUGGUGAAGGUUCAAAAGAAAAUCUUGAACAAAGAUGUGAACAAAUAAGAACCGUAAUGGAUGAUGCUCAAACUACCGAGUAUGAAAAAGAAAAGUUACAAGAAAGAUUGGCUAAAUUAUCCGGUGGUGUUGCAGUCAUUAAAGUAGGUGGUGCUUCGGAAAUUGAAGUUGGUGAAAAGAAAGAUAGAUAUGAAGAUGCUUUAAAUGCUACAAGAGCUGCAGUUCAAGAAGGUAUAUUACCAGGUGGUGGUACUGCUUUGAUUAAAGCUACUAAAAUAUUAGAUGGUGUAAAAGAAAAAGCUGCCAAUUUUGAUCAAAAAUUAGGUGUUGAAACUAUUAAAGCAGCAAUUACAAAACCUGCCAGAAGAAUUAUAGAAAAUGCAGGUGAAGAAGGUGCUGUUAUUGUUGGUAAAAUUUAUGAUGAACCACAAUUUAAUGUUGGUUACGAUUCAGCAAAAGGUGAAUUUACUGAUAUGUUAGCUGCUGGUAUUAUCGAUCCAUUCAAAGUUGUUAAAAAUGGGUUAGUCGAUGCAGCAAGUGUUGCCUCAUUAUUAGCUACUACUGAAUGUGCAAUUGUUGACGCCCCACAACCAGCUCCAGCUGCAGGCGCUGGUGGUCCACCUAUGGGAGGUAUGCCAGGAAUGUUUUAA